UUUCUGUCCGCUCUCUCCUCCCCAACAGACCACCUCGUCAAGACAGCCAUGACAUCAUAUGCAGUUCCCAUUGGAUUUCCAACCAUUGGAGGUCGACGCCGAUGGAAACGCCACAAGAAGCUCAGACUUAAGAGUGACCGGGCCAAGCCUUUACCAGCAGUCCGCAAGCGCGCCUUGACGCCGCCCCUACCACCACUGCCCGCUCGACGUGCAGGCAUCGUUCCGUUUCGUAAGGACCGGCGGACUCGUGAACAAGAAAGGGAUCGCGACCAGCAACAAUCUCCGUUAUUUGCGAAACUACCACGGGAGGUCCGGACGUUGAUCUACCGAGAGGUUCUGGCCCCAAAAGACCACCCGGGUCUGCAUGUAGCCUGUGCCGAUGCGCGAUUGUUGAGUCGACGCUGCCGGGACCAAGGGUCGCCACUACCUGGCUGGUCGCACCCGUGCUGGAGUGAGUACCAGAAGAAAGACGGGACGACAGGUCCAAGGUGGAGGGGUGGGGGAUAUGAAACCGAGGAAGAUUCUCCAUACGCCGUUCGGAUGGGGUUGUUACAGUCAUGUCGACGCGUAUAUGCGGAGUCGAUCGAUCUCCUCUACUCCGAAAAUGUCGUCAGCUUCUGCCAAACGCGGACGGUGUCUGAGUUUGAGGGCACCAUACUACCGCACCGCCUCCACAGCAUUCGAUUUCUUCAUCUGACCUUGCCGCUGGAUCUGUACUGGUACGACGGGAAAUUGAAAUCUAGCAAAGGGUUCUAUCCACUCGACGUACCAUUCUACUGGGAAGAGGCAUGGCAGACCAUCCCCAAGUUCAAGUCGCUGCAGCGUCUUAGGGUCUCGCUGGGGAAAAAGCGAAGUAGUCAUCCUGAACCGGAAAUGGGUGGGCUGGUCCAUCUCAUGAAGUCGAUGGUCCCAAUCAGGGUCCCCGAGUAUGUCGUCGACUUCUACUGGCCGGUGGAGGUGGACAAGCUUGUCUCCAUGUUGGGGAACGAGGUGCCCUUUGAAAUCCGCAUCAACGAACCCGUGGAAUACUAGGUAUUUAUUUUGAUGCUCGUUCAGCUUUCCUUCCAUUACAGCCAGUCUUUCAUGUUUUUGUUAUAUUUCAUACAGUACCAUCCAGUUCGAGUUUCGGCACAGUAUCUCAUAUUCACCAAUUAAGUCCAGCGAGAGGUCAAUCAGUAAACACCCCAAAAUCCCCCGACUAGCCGAAAC